UUACCCUGUGGUUAUUUUCCUUUUACAGUGUUGAUUUUACAGUGUACAAAUGCGAGACUCACACAGUGGAUACGUUUUAUGCUUUUAUAUUGAAAAGGUUCAGUUUUAAAUCAAAUGUAUUCACUAUAAGAAAUUCCCCCGACAUAAGUUAUUUACCAGAGUCAUUCCCGCCACGAGUGCACUCUAUUUUGAGUCAGCAAGCUUGCGUUUCGUUGGCGCGCGUUGGAGCUCAAAUCCCUUUGUAAUAGUGUUGAAUAAUCCUACCAGUCUGCAGUUCACCAUUACGGCCAAAAAAAGGAAGGGAGGAAGUACAUCGAUGAGAUGGGCACACGGAAUCCGCUCUCCUGGCUGUCGUCCUCAACGCAGCUAAACGUUGGGUAAAACUGGUACAAGAGGCUGGAGCUUAAGCUGGUGAAAAGGGCCGAAUAUCAUCAUCAUGUCUAAAACUGCCGUGGACACGGAGCCUCUGAAAUGGCCCAUAGCUCCAGAUGGCUACAUCCCCAACUCUGUGAUCCGUAGCUGGAUGAGGAAGGGAAAGGAACUUAUCAAGAAGGACUGUUGGCAUGACAACAUCACAUCACAUCAGAGCCAAGAAGUCGGUUCAACAUACAGUUCAAGAAAGACCGUGAACUUCACCCCAACCUCCUGUCAUGAAAAUAGACCUAAACAACUGAGAGAGCUGAGGGAAGACAUGAAGCUUCAUGAAACCAUCACACCUCCACUCUCAGUGCCCAACAAACAGAGAACAUCCAGUUUCAUUUUUAAUGAGUGCCCGGCGACUCCAGUGGCAAGUCCUGUGGUGUCUGCAGAUACCAUCAUCCCAAAGCAAGAGUGCCCGGCGACUCCAGUGGCAAGUCCUGUGGUGUCUGCAGAUACCAUCAUCCCAAAGCAAGAGUGCCCGGCGACUCCAGUGGCAAGUCCUGUGGUGUCUGCAGAUACCAUCAUCCCAAAGCAAGAGUGCCCGGCGACUCCAGUGGCAAGUCCUGUGGUGUCUGCAGAUACCAUCAUCCCAAAGCAAGAGUGCCCGGCGACUCCAGUGGCAAGUCCUGUGGUGUCUGCAGAUACCAUCAUCCCAAAGCAAGAACCCAGGAUAACAUCUUACCUACCACCUAUAGAGCUAAAAAACCUGACUCCUCAUCCCCUAAAGCCUCCCCCUCCAACCCCAGAGGAUCCUCAACCCCAACCAGACCUUGGGCCUCCUAAAUGUUUGCCAAUUAGAGAUAGAAGUUUCCUCCUGUCUUCCCCCAAAUACAGCAACAUCAUAAACCAAGCACAGGUGCCCCUUGAUCAUAAAGUCUUGCAGCUCUAUAAGAAGUUCAAAUAUGGCAACAAGAACUCAUCAUACAAAAAACUCUCCAACACAGCUGUGCACCCUCCUGCUACGCACUCCACCAUUCAGACUAAGACUAGGGGGCCGAAUCUGUACAGUGGCCUCGGUACACACUCGGCACAAUUUGCACAAACCAUCUGUCCCAAAGACCAAAGCGGCCCCAAGUCCAUGCCUGAGUGGAGGAAGAGCCUGUACAAACUUAUUUCUCUCCAAGGUUUACGUUCUCCACGGGCAACAAGGUUGGCCGCUACAGAUCAUCUGGUUAAGUCUUCCGAUGCCAGACAACUUGCGGCAACCAUCCCCUCACUGCAGCCUGGCCAGGCAGCAACACAUCAGAGGGUGGUGCAAAAGAUUCAGAUGAAAGACACCCUAGAGCCGACACCCUUUCACUUCCACUAUGUGAUCCCAAAGGCCUCCCAACACAGCUUUGUCACUUUGAAUCCCUGCGGGAAGACUAUGUAUGGAAGACUGCAGUUUGACUGGAUGAGGGGAUCUGAGGAGGACAAUCUACUGAAAGUGUCUGCAGUCAAGGCCAAGAUCUGCUCAAAAAGUUCUGCUACGUUAAGCAAAAGAUCUGCUCAGCAACUGGCCAGCUGCACCAUUUCAUUAUGAUGUUAUUAGUUUUGAGCAAUAAAAUAAUCUGUUGUGCAUUA